AUGUCUCUCCCCCAGAAAACCGACAUCCUUGUGAUAGGCAGCGGCAACGCCGGCCUCAGCGCCGCCCUCUCAGCCGCGCAAACAAACCCAACCCUAAAAGUAACAGUAAUCGACAAAAGCCCGUCAUCCUGGGCUGGAGGCAACAGCUACUUCACAGCCGGGGCCUUCCGCACAACACACAACGGCCUCCACGACCUCCUCCCACUAUUCUGGGGCGGCCUUGCGCUGAAAACCCAAGACGGAGGCAAAGGACUCGUUGAGGAUGAGCUGCGCGCGGUCAGGAACGCCGGCGUGGAGGUCUUCUUCGACACAGCCGCCACGGCACUAGUUACCGAUCCAACCAGCGGCGCUGUCAUCGGCGUUGAAGUCGUCCGCAGCGAUGCUGGUAAACGUAGUCAAACCACCAUCGCUUCUGGCGCGGUCAUUCUCGCUGCGGGUGGGUUCGAGGCGAAUCCGCAGUUGCGCGCGCAGUGGCUGGGGCCUGGGUGGGAUAGUGCGCGCGUGCGUGGAACGCCGUAUAAUACGGGUGAGAUGUUGCGGAUUGCGCAGCGGGAUGUGGCGGCCAAGACGGCGGGGAAUUGGAGUGGAUGUCAUAGUGUGGCGUGGGAUGCGGAUGCGCCUGCUGAUUCGGGGAAUCGGGAGGUUUCGAAUGAGUUUACGAAGAGUGGGUAUCCGCUGGGUAUUAUGGUCAAUCGGGAUGGGGAGCGAUUUGUUGAUGAAGGGUUUGAUAUGCGGAACUAUACGUAUGCGAUGAUUGGGCGACGGGUGCUUCAGCAGCCUGGGCAGGUUGCGUUCCAGGUAUGGGAUGCGCGGACUGCGGCGUGGUUGCGGGAGGAGGAGUAUCGGGGUGAGGUUGUUCGGCGGAUCGAGGGAGGGUCGUUGGAGGAACUUGCAGAGAAGUGUGCGGAGGUUGGACUUGUUGAUCCUGGGCGGUUCGUGGAGACUGUGAGGGAAUACAAUGCCUCUGUGGAUGGUGAGGGUGGGCAGGAGAGGUGGGAUCCUGCUGUUAAGGAUGGGCUUGCUACUAAGGGGCUGGCUGUUGCUAAGUCGAAUUGGGCUUUGCCUAUUGACAAGCCGCCUUUCCUGGCUGUCAAGGUCACUGCGGGCAUCACGUUCACUUUUGGUGGAUUGGCUGUGAAUCCGGAGACUGCCGCAGUCAUUUCGGAGACUACGAGUGAUGAGGUUCCCGGAUUGUACUGUGUGGGUGAGAUGCUUGGAGGGAUCUUCUAUGAUAAUUACCCUGGUGGAAGUGGAUUGACUUCUGGGACGGUCUUUGGACGUCGUGCUGGUCGAGCAGCAGCAGAGCGAGCUGGGAAGAGCGGAAGACUGGAACGGUUGUGA